UUCCUUAUUUCAUCAUGUCAAUGUCAUUCAUAGGCACUUGGUCAUGGAAGAUUGAUGGACCCUCCGGCUCGUAACAGCAUGUGGCGACUGGGAUUCAGAAACCCAGUGAAUUACAACGACAACGAGUUAUUUUGCGGAGGAUACAGCAAAUUUGUGGAAAGUGGGCAGAAAUGCGGGGUUUGCGGUGACCCUUAUGAUCCUAGUGGAACUGGUCCUCAUGAAGCUGGUGGUAUUUUUGCAAAUGAUAUUGCCACUAGAGUUUACGUCGCCGGACAGACCGUUGAAAUCGUGGCGGAGCUUACGGCGAAUCAUCAGGGGUAUUUUGAACUCAAAAUCUGUCCUGUGAAUGGCCCGAAAGAGCAGCUGACUCAGGAUUGUUUCGACGAAAACCCGUUACUGUUGGUGGGUUCCGGAGCACCCAGAUUCUACAUCCCGGAAGGAACCCCGAAGCAGGUCACAUUCAGGUACGAAGUCCAACUGCCGCCGGGAUUGACCUGCAGUCAGUGCGUGGUUCAAUGGCGAUACGCUGCGGGUAACACUUGGGGAAUGUGCGACGACGGCUCAGAGUCGGUGGGUUGCGGGGUUCAGGAGACGUUCAUCAAUUGCGCCGACGUCGUGGUGACGAGUAAUGCGCCUUUGUUGUUGCCCUUCAAGCCGUCGAUUGUGAAGGAAAUCGUGUCGCCGGAGAAAAAUAUCGCUGUGUUGACCAACAAUGUCAUCAGGAAAAAAUGCAAGGCAAUUGGCGACUUCUCUCGUCGAGCUGAAGCGGAUGUUUAUUGCAACCAGAACUGCUUGAGGUACCCGAAAACUUGCGAUUCGGAUGAUCCCUUGAUUCAUCGUGCGGAUAUUCGCGGAACUUGUGUUCCGGUAUCCCGACGAAGGCGUUUGCUGAAGACGUCGGGAUGUAUGACUGGUGUAGGAUCAAUUGUCUGCGGCAAGAGUCGAGGAUUUGUCCUCCACACAUGUGCUUUUGUCCGUGAGAAAAAAUGCAAGGCAAUCGGCGACUUCUCUCGUCGAGCUGAAGCGGAUGUUUAUUGCAACCAGAACUGCUUGAGGUACCCGAAAACUUGCGAUUCGGAUGAUCCCUUGAUUCAUCGUGCGGAUAUUCGCGGAACUUGUGUUCCGGAUUGCCCCACGGACAAAUGCGAUAAAACAAAUACUGAACUGGAAGUUACCGACUCAAUGAGUGCCUUGAGACGAAUGAACCUUCUCUGCAAGCAACAGCGUCUCCAUGCCUCGACAUACAGCAAAUUGGUGGCCAGCAUGAAGGACUUCCUCAGGCCAGGUGCACCAAAGCCGCCCUAUGAUCACGUCUGCGUCAUUGGAGACCCUGUUUUGCGACAUGAAACUCAGCCUGUGGACAUUGAGAAACCAGAGCAAGCGUUAGAGUUGAUUGAAAGUCUGCGGAAAGUUAUGAAGAAAAAUGGAGCCAUUGGUUUAGCUGCACCUCAGAUCGGCGUUCCGUUAGCUGCAUUUGUGAUGGAAUUGUCAUCAGAUGCACAAAAACGGGUUCCAAAAGAUGAGUGGAAGGUCAGGGAAAUGGCGACUAUUCCUUUCACUGCAGUGAUAAACCCUCAAAUUCGUGUGUUGGAUAACACUGUGAUCAAGUUUCCGGAAAGCUGUGAGUCCAUGAAAGGUUACUCAGCAGUUGUGCCGAGAUUUUACAAAAUCUUCUUGAAAGGUCUCAACCAAGAAUUCAAGCCCUUUGAGAUGGAAGCCUCUGGCUGGACAGCCAGAGUGAUUCAACACGAAAUGGACCAUCUCAGAGGCAUUCUGCUCACCGACAAAAUGGAUCCAGAUUCUCUACAAUACGUCAAGUGGCACAUCGUGAAUUGCCGCGGAGGCAAAUACAAGCAGCGAAUGUAUGGAAAAUAUUUGUGA